AUGCCAAAAGGGUACCCAGACACCACGGCCCCUGGAUUCCAGAGGUUUUUUUGCCUAUCUCAAGCUAGCAGUUUCGUGUCAAAUUUUGGCGCCUCGCUAGGAUUUCAAGCACUCCUCAACGGGUUCUUUCUGGGAAGUUCACCGCAGCUGUGGAUUUUCAAGGAUCUCGGCCCGGCCCUUAUGGCGGCUUACCUUGCUAAUCGCGUGGUGAACUAUGAGAAUCGCCCCAAGUUUUGGUUUUCGUUUAGCGUGUCUAUCAGCAAUGCAACUGUGAUUUUGGAAAUGUUGAUUCCGUCCGUCGUGCCGACGCACCUUCUUAUGGCUGCGAUUUUAACCUCCACCAUCAAGCAGUCGACGUCGUUGAUGUAUUCAGUCUCCCGUGCGGCCGCUUUACAACACUUUGCCACGCACAAUAACUUGUCCGAGCUUACCAGGAAGUUUAAUUCGGUUGGCAUGGUUACCUACACGGUCUCGACGACGCUAGGGAUCGUCUUCUGCGCCUACGUCCCAAGCUUUACGAUCCAGCUCAUAACGGUGGUGGUGUGCUGCGCGUUGAAUUCAGUCCUUGCCCCGGUGAUCAUGCGUCCAAUCGUAUUUCGGAUUGUCAACUUUAACACAAUUCACCUUAUUAUGCACGCUUACAUUACCGAGGGAAAAAUUUUAACACCCGAUAACGUGUCCGAAAAUAUCGGCAUCCUUAUGGUACCAAGAAUACUUAAUAAACCGUACGAGCAUCCCUCUCUUAUUUAUAUUAGCCCCCCUAUCGAUAAACUUAUAAUUCGUUCCGACACCCUCGACGAAGAUGUCUUGUACGUGGACAGGAAUGGGAUGUUUAUGCUCGCGUUGUGGGAACCCACCAAUGCACCCUUGACGAUCAGGGAGUGCUGGCACCGUUGGGAGAUGCCCUCAUUUUUUCGCAUUCUACGGUACCGGCUUUUACCGCAAUCACUUUUCGUUAAGCGGGCAAAGCGAGGAACGGACACCGUCUUUGGUGGAAAGCGGCUGGCGCUGUUGGUUCACAACAAAUGCAGCUCACGCGAUCUCAUCACCGCGUAUCUCAUUUUAUAUACUGCGGUGUUAAGGCACGCAAGGACCGAGUUGGAGCUUCGGAGUUUUAUCAAGUCCUGUCAUACCGAACAGCGGAAGUGGAGGGAGGAGGCUUUCAGCCUGCGGCAAAACAUGCGGCUUGUGAAUUGGGAUGUGGACCUUCCGGCGAUCGAUCACCCGCAUUUUCGUCUUUCCGAGAUGAUUGUGCCAUUGUCGAUGCGGGAGGGUGAUUUUAAUUUAUGA